AUGAGCUUGAAAAGGCAAGAAAUAACCAGCGUACUAGACGGCGCACAAGCACAGACAUUACCUUUGGCCAGACAAUUCCUGCUUCAAAGGAACGACGAAAUCCUAGAAGAAGAUGUCCAACUAGGCUCCGUUUACGAGAUCUACCACAAAAACCUUCCUCCUAGAACUCCUGUUCAACUGAGAUCCGUUCGCGUUGUUAUGGUGAGUGAGAAGACAGAUUUGAACGUCGCGAUUAGGUAUCCGAGUAUUCUGUCAUUACGAACUUAUUUUAGUCAUGGAAUCACGGAGAUGUAUCCCGCUUUAGAUGAGAAGUUUGUAAUGGGAGUAAAACUCGCCGGCAAAGUGCUUUUCCGGCAAGUUCCAUCUCAAGAGUUCGCCGAGAAGAAGCAUCUGCAGAAUUUCUGGCUGGUGAACCCAAACUCUCAAGUCGGGCCGGGUCAUGCUGCUAUGAAAAUUGAAGAGAUCGGAUUGGCCAAGGAACUGAAGAACAAUGCCAUGGUAAGGUGGGGUGUAAGAAGACAAGUUAUGUUUAUUGGAAGACACAAAGAUAUGAGCAAAACGACGCAGUCUUCUUCAAGCUUCGUUCAUGGCGAAGAAGAACUGAAAAAUGAACAAGAUGUUAACAAUGGUGGAUAUGCGGAGGAGGAGGAUGAAGUUGAUGAAGAAGAGAAGGGUGACGACGAUGAUGAUAAUCUUAACAGAAGGUUGAGAAAAACAAGAAAUUUGAGAAAAAGAAAGCGUGUGAAACAAGCUAACAACCAGUUAUGGCUAGUUAAUAAAAAACCGAUGAACAAGUGCAAGAAAUUAGGGCUCAUUAAAGACCCCACAGAAAGGUGGUCAAAGGAGAGGUAUCUAGCGGCGGAGCUCAGUCUUCUAGAAGCUAUGAAAGAGAAGAAGGCGAUGAUUGGGAAUCCGAUUACGAGACCUGCGCUUAGAGUUGAAGCUCGAAAGAGGAUAGGUGACACUGGUCUCUUAGACCACCUCCUGAAACACGUGGCUAACAAGGUGGCGCCAGGUGGCGAUUUGAGGUUUCGAAGGUCACAUAAUGCUGAUGGUGCAAUGGAAUAUUGGCUUGAAAGUGCUGAUCUUCUAAAAAUUAGGAAAGACGCCGGAGUUAGUGAUCCUUUCUGGACUCCGCCGCCUGGUUGGAAGCCCGGUGAUUCUCCUAUCCAGGACCCGAUCAUGGCAAAAGAACUUACUCAUCUCAAAGAAGAAAUUUCAUGUAUCAAAAGGGAGUUUUUAUCCAAGAAGCAGUUUGAAGAAGAAAUGGCAAAUCUGAGAAGGGAUAUUAUGGAGUUGAUUUCAAAGAAUAUAAAGGAUCAAGAUGAAAAUAAAGCUAUUGUGGUUUCUGAAGGUGUUGACACAAGUCCAAAGCAAUUGACCAAUUUUUGUAAUUCAUUGCUUCCUUAUUCCGAGUCUGAUGUAAAUAACUCAAGAGUCUCAAGGGAAGAAUGCAAGAAAGAAAUGUUGGUCAUUUUGAAGAAGGUAGAGGCGGAGACAAACAAGAUGACAGGUGGCAGUAGUGGCACAGAAGAAUUAAUUAAUACCCAAACAGUCCCUGCCCCUGCCCCCGAUGAUGCUGCUAAAAAACAUACCGAAAAAAAGAAAGAAGCUGUGGCACUACCAAAACAAGGUGGUGAUCCUGAGGAGACAUCUGAGGGAGGUGCACCACCUGCAGGUGAAGGAAAAGCAGCGAAAAUUGAGAGGUUGAAAAGUGGGUUCAGACUUUGCAGACCACAGGGUACUUUCCUGUGGCCAAACAUGGUGAACAACCCCACCAACACCACGGCCUCUUGUUGUUCUUCUCAGGUUGUGGAUCUUUUGGUGGUCCCAACUCCACCAUCUGUUAAUUCCUCCACGCCACCACAGGCACAGCUACCCUACAACCACCAUCCUGCCUCUCCUCCAGUGAAGCCUGUGCCGGAGAGACGCGCCGUUACUGUCACCGUUUCCACUGACCAUCCGCAUUCUUCCACCAAUAACGGCAACAAAAUAACAACCAGCCUCAUCAACCUCAAUGACAUCCCAACACCACAACUCAUGCCAACUGCUCAUCAGGUGAAGAGUGAAUUAGCCCAACAACAACAACAAAAAAGGAAGAGUAGCAAGUCAUCAUCUUCCGCUUCUGCUUCUGCUUCGUCGUCUUGCUUGUCCAACACAAUUGUGAAUUAUCGUCUCACUCAGCUGGAAGCUGAAUUGGCUGUUGAAAAUCGGAUAAUGGAUGAGCUUGACAAACAUACUUCUCAGCUCAAAAUGCAAAAUCUUAAGCUUCGUUCUGUUACAACUGAGCUCAAUGAUUUGAAGUCUGAAAGAGAAGUAAUUAGAAGCUCUGUGGGUGACAUUCACUCCAUCCUGUUACAUCUUCUUGACACCCAUGAAUCCAUUCUGACUAUAUCCAUCCGACGCCAUCUAGCUGACAAACUCAUACAUGCGUUGGCCAUUCUUAAUCGUAUAGAGGGUGUUUCCGUGACUUCUAUCCAGCCAAAACAAGGCGGAGAGAAGAAGAUGGAAAAGGUUAAUACUCAACCUCCUCCCGAACCCAAAUCAAUAGCCGCACCGAAGGAUAAUGAAGUUUCGGUCAGUACAAGGGAUAAAAAGAAGAAGAAAAUUGGUGAAGAUGAUACAGAUGAAGAUGUUGGUUUUGAAGAUACUUUAGGUGAAAAUCCCUCUGAUCCUUUUCAGAAAACAAAACUUUCUGACAAGGAGCUUGCAGAAAAGAUUGCGAAGGAAUCGGCGGAGCUAGAGAAGAAGCUAAAAGAAAAAGAGCUCUUAAAGAAAAAGAAGUCCAUUUUUCUAGAAUGGAACAUUGAUUCGCUCCAGAAAGAAGCAAUAGAUGAACCGAGUACUCUUUGA